AAGAACAAAUUGAAACGGAGUAAAGUUUGAGCAGUAAUUUCAUUUGGAAACAAAAAUAAGAUUUUUUUUUUCAUGUGAUACACAGAUUGUUCAUUCAAUUCAAUUUUGCAUAAAAUCAUCUCGACUCCUAUUAUUUCUCUUUCUUCUUCUUGUUUUGUUCAUUUCCAGAUCCAAAACGACCAAUUUCAACCCAAUUAGCAACUGAUUGAUUCUCAGAUGCUUUAAUUGCAUCUUCCUCAGAUCUCCAUUGAUAGAUUCUGCUCUCAUUUUGCAAUUAAAUCUACUCGUAAACAGUUAAAAUAGUCAGCACUCCUGGAUCUGAUCGAGCUUUCUCAUAGUUUCAAGGCGGACCCAAUCAUGAACCCCUUUUCCUCCGGCACGCGUCUCAGGGACAUGAUUCGGGCUAUCCGUGCUUGCAAAACUGCAGCAGAAGAGCGUGGCGUAGUAAGAAAGGAGUGUGCUGCUAUUAGAGCUUCUAUCAGUGAAAACGAUCCAGAUUAUAGACAUCGUAAUCUUGCAAAACUAAUGUUUAUUCACAUGCUUGGUUACCCUACACAUUUCGGUCAAAUGGAAUGCUUGAAGUUAAUUGCAUCUCCGGGAUUCCCAGAGAAACGAAUAGGAUAUCUUGGUCUAAUGUUGCUGCUUGAUGAAAGACAAGAAGUUCUAAUGUUGGUUACAAAUUCUAUAAAACAAGAUCUUAAUCACACCAACCAAUAUAUUGUUGGACUUGCGCUUUGCGCCUUGGGAAACAUUUGUUCUGCAGAAAUGGCUCGUGAUUUAGCUCCUGAAAUUGAAAGAUUACUUCAGUUUAGAGAUCCUAAUAUCCGAAAGAAGGCUGCACUUUGUUCUAUAAGAAUUAUAAAGAAGGUCCCAGAUCUUGCCGAAAAUUUUGUUAACCCUGUAGCUGCCUUGCUAAAAGAGAAGCACCAUGGAGUCCUCAUCACCGGUGUCCAGCUUUGCGCAGAUCUAUGCAAAGUUAGUGCAGAGGCCCUUGAAUAUUUUAGAAAGACAUGCACAGAUGGUUUAGUGAAAGUGCUAAAGGAUGUUGCCAACAGCCCGUAUGCACCUGAAUAUGACAUUUCCGGCAUUUCAGAUCCUUUUCUUCAUAUAAGAUUGCUCAAGGUCUUGCGUGUUUUGGGCCAAGGUGAUGCUGACGCUAGUGAUUCCAUGAAUGACAUUCUUGCUCAGGUAGCAACAAAGACAGAGUCAAACAAAAAUGCAGGCAACGCUAUUCUCUAUGAAUGUGUUGAAACCAUCAUGAACAUUGAAGAUAAUGGUGGUUUACGAGUGCUUGCUAUUAAUAUUUUGGGAAGAUUUUUGUCCAACCGUGACAAUAACAUCAGAUAUGUCGCCUUGAACAUGCUGAUGAGAGCUAUAGCUGUAGAUAGUAAAGCAGUACAAAGACAUCGGGCAACAAUUUUAGAAUGUGUGAAGGACUCCGAUCCAUCAAUUCGUAAAAGAGCCCUUGACCUAGUGUGUCUAUUAGUAAACGAAACCAAUGUGAAGCCAUUGACCAAGGAGUUGACUGAACAUCUCGAAGUAAGUGAUCCAGAGUUUAAGGGAGACCUGACUGCCAAAAUCUGUUCCAUUGUAGAAAAGUUCUCCCAUGAAAAAAUUUGGUACAUUGAUCAGAUGCUCAAGGUUCUCUCUGAGGCUGGAAACUAUGUCAAGGAUGAGGUGUGGCAUGCUCUGAUUGUGGUGAUUACAAAUGCUUCCGACCUCCAUGGAUAUGCUGUACGCUCUUUGUACAGAGCUGUGCAAAAAGCAAGGGAUCAGGAAACCCUCUUUCGAGUAGCAGUUUGGUGCAUUGGAGAGUAUGGUGAAAUGCUAGUCAACAAUUUUGGAAGGCUUGACAUAGAAGAACCCACAACUGUGACAGAGUCGGAUGCUGUGGAUGUGUUGGAGACAUCCAUCAAAAUCCAUUCAUGUGAUCUCACAUCUCAGGCAAUGUGUCUGAUUGCUUUGUUAAAGCUGUCCAGUCGCUUUCCAGCUUGUUCACAGCGGAUAAAUAAUAUCAUUGGUCAGUAUAAAGGAAGUUUUGUGCUUGAACUACAACAGAGAGCUACUGAAUUUAACUCUAUUAUCGAGAGGCAUCAGAAUAUGAGGUCUUCACUCGCAGAGAGAAUGCCGGUUCUGGAUGAAGCAACCUUCAGCGGAAGGAGAGCUGGUUCUGUGCCAGCUGCUGUGUCAACUUCACAAGGAGUUUCUGUUAAUCUUCCAAAUGGAUCUGCCAAACUCAGUACUGCUCAUGUUGCUGACUUGCUCGAUCUUAGUUUAGAUGAUGCUCCUGCACCUAGCUCUUCUGGUGGAGAGUUUCUUCAAGAUCUUCUUGGUGUCAAUUUGAUGCCUGUCUCUUUGCAACCAGAUGCAAAUCAGGCCCAAAAGAGAGGCUCUGAUGUUUUACUGGAUCUUCUAUCGAUUGGAACUCCUCCUGCUCAGAGCAGCCCAUCUACACCUCAGGUGUUAUCCUCCAAUACAGACAAUAGAAGUCCAUUGGAUAUAUUAGAUAGAUUGUCCACACCUUCAGCUCCUUCAGCUCAAGUCUCUUCUACAGGUGGAAAUUCUUCUAUGUUGGAUUUAUUGAACGGGCUUCCUUCCAGUCCACCGACGUCUGCUACAGAAGGCAAUGGUCCAGCACAUUCAUCAGUUACUGCAUUUGAGAGCAGCUCCUUGAGAUUAACAUUCAACAUCUCAAAGCAGCCUGGAAAUCCACAGAUGACACUUAUUGACGGUAGUUUUACAAAUAAGUCACAAGAUGUUUUCACGGACUUCAUCUUCCAGGCAGCAGUUCCAAAGUUCCUUCAACUGCAAUUGGAUCCAGCUAGCGGUAAUUCCCUACCUGCAAAUGGUAAUGGAUCAAUCACACAGAAGUUGAGAAUCACAAACAGCCAACAUGGCAAGAAAUCCCUUGUCAUGCGCAUACGGAUAAGUUAUAAGGUGAAUAACAAAGAUGUCUUGGAGGAAGGCCAAGUCAGCAAUUUUCCUCGCGAUUUGUGAGGUUGAAUGGCCUUAUAAGAGGAUGCUUUGUAGCAUUUCGUUUUUUUUUCUAUAUGGAGAAGCUUCUGCUUGUUGUUUGUACUUCCUAGAGCAAUAUAUUCCAUUGGUUUGAAAGAAGAGGCAAUAUUGGUUGGACUUCAAGUUGUGGCUUAACCUGGGAUUGCUCUGAUGCCUGACAUUGCUUACUUCUUUGUAUCUUCCAAGGUGGCACAUUGUACAUUAAGCCACUGUCAAACUCAAUUUUGCCUAUGUGGCACUCACAGGAGGAGAUAAUGUGUUGGACUUGUUAAAAAAUUAUGAGAUGUGCAUUGUGCAAAUAUUCUUUUGUUUCUAGGAUUUUGGUUAAUCAGAUUCAAAAUGAAGAAUUGUAAUGCAUGGUUUCAAAUUGGCUUUGGUAAUGUUUUAUCAUAGUGCGUUAAAGUGGGAUACAUUUAUUUGUAAUGGAAACUGGGUAUAUGCCCAUUGCUAGUUCAUAUUCUUCUCUGGAAGUGUUCAUUUCCAAGAUGUUUCAA